AUGACGAUUGUGUCAGCUCAUAGCCAUGGAGUUCACGUAUCAGCAAGGCUAGACACCAUUGAUGUAACCCACCGUUGUCAAUGUUACAAGCCAGUAUAUAACGUUAGUCCACUGACCGACCCACAUAAUCAAUUGGGCUCCAACAUCAUGACUAUACUGGUUCCUCUGGCAAUGCUUGUACUGGCUGUGGUGGCAGAGCCCCCGGCCGCCGCUCCUUACCCUCCAGCCUCCGGGCCCUACCCUCCCUCAGGCUGGCACCCCUCUGGCCGCCUCCUGGUACUGCCUGCUCGUCAAACAGACUCCGCCACCCCCAGGCCAGUGUACGGGCCUCCACCCCAGUCGCCACCACCCUCCUACGGGCCUCCACCUCAAGAGUACGGACCACCCUCUACGGAGCCGACCACUGACGAACCCACUGAACAGCCUACGGAACAACCUGAGGAUGGAUCUGAAGAGCCAUCAGAACAGCUCGUAGACCGAGGAGUCUACUACGUACUGCAACCUGACGGCAAACUUCAGAUGGUCAGAUACACAACGAAACCACUCCGAUCUCAGAAACAGAAACAGCAGCAAACUUCUCCACAACAGUUCCAAGGGAAUGAGCUUUCUUUCAACAACUUUGAAAGUCAGAAGAUUCAACAGGAGAAGUUGCAGCAACAGCAGGCUCAGCUUUCCCAGAUUCAGGCUCAUCACGCUCAGUUCCAGUUCAGUCCUGAACAGUUUGAGCAGAAACCGGCUCAGUUCAACCAACAGCCAUCUCAGUUCAACCAACAAUCUCAGUUCAACCAACAGCCGUCUCAGUUCAAUCGUAAACCGGCACAGUUCAACAAGCAGCCUAAUAAAUACACCCAAGUCGAGUUCAACCAAAAGUCCAGCCAGAAUCCAUCUCAGUUCAACAGGCCAGCUAAAGUACAGCAGCAGUCCACACCGUUCCACUACGUAGAGAUCCAGAAAUCCCAUGAGAUAGAAGUAGCACAACCACCCCCGGAAAAAGCUCCUGAAGGUUUUGUCGCCAACUUAAAAUACAGAGAUGUAGAACCCAUCUCAUCUCCUGUAUACGCAUUCAAUCCAAAUCCUCUAGUUCGUGUGCUCAAGAAAUAGGUUAUUUUUAUAAUAAUUACUCAUGUGGCUUAAAAUUAUAUCAACGCAAAAUAAUUCUGUUGAUACAAGCCAACAGAAAUAAAAUGAUUUUCUCAUAACUGAUCAUUCAUGUAUUUAUUAUUUCAUUGUCAUUCUUCAUUGUUAGAGAAACUACUUUGUGUUAUGAAAAGUACCUUUAUCAAUGUGAAUAAAUAUUGAGACUGAGAAAAG